AUGGAGACUCUGCAAACUCCAUCGAGAUUUCUAUGCCGCAGACCAACAGAAAUCGCCGUUUUAAAGUCGUUCAGUGGAGUUGGGCAGGUGGGGUUUGGCUUUUUGCACAGAAAUAGGAAAAGAGGCAGAGGAAUUCAGUCUUUAGUAGUGAAAAGAAGAUCAUAUACUGAGGAACGUAAUGGCGAGGAUACGAUUAGAAAUGGUAGUGAUUCUCGAGACAAGGAGCAAGUAAAGGGUUUUCUAUUGAGCACUGAGAGGGAUAGUUCUGGCUCUGUUGUUGGGUUUCAGCUGAUUCCUCGGUCUGUGACUGAUGAUGAAAAAAUCAUGGAAACACAUGACAUUGUAACUAAUGGAGGGGAGGAGUUGUCUGAAGACAUUGAAAAAGGAGAGGAAGCCUCAACCAAGGUAAUCUACAAUGUUGUUUUCGUUACUUCUGAAGCAGCUCCGUAUUCCAAGACAGGAGGCUUGGGAGAUGUCUGUGGUUCUUUACCUGUGGCGCUUGCUGCACGAGGACAUCGUGUAAUGGUUGUCUCCCCUAGAUAUUUGGAUGGAGGUCCAUCAAACAAGAAGUUUGCCAAUGUAGUUGAAGUUGAUAAGCAGAGUAAGAUCUACUGCUUUGGUGGUGUGCAUGAGGUUAAGUUCUUCCAUGAGUACAGAGGAGGUGUAGAUUGGGUCUUUGUUGACCACCCUUCAUACCAGCGACCCGGAACUCCAUAUGGCGAUACUUAUGGUGCUUUUAGUGAUAAUCAGUUUCGGUUCAACUUGCUUUGCCAUGCAGCCUGUGAAGCUCCCCUGGUGCUUCCAUUGGGAGGGUUCACUUAUGGAGAGAAGUGCAUCUUUCUUGCAAAUGAUUGGCAUGCUGCACUAGUUCCAGUACUCUUGGCCGCCAAGUAUCGCCCAUAUGGUGUAUAUAAGGAUGCUCGAAGUGCCAUCGUCAUACAUAACCUUGCACAUCAGGGAGUGGAACCUGCAGCCACGUACAAGUAUUUGGGAUUGCCUCCUGAGUGGUACAGGGCGUUGGAGUGGGUAUUUCCCACAUGGGCAAGGACACAUGCUCUUGAUACUGGCGAAGCUGUUAAUGUUUUGAAAGGUGCAAUUGUUACUGCAGACAGGAUAGUGACAGUUAGCCAGGGUUACUCUUGGGAAAUAACAACUCCUGAGGGUGGAUACGGGUUACAUGAGCUAUUGAGUAGUCGAAAGGCAUUUCUUAAUGGAAUCACCAAUGGAAUUGAUGAUAAUGAAUGGAACCCAUCUUCGGAUGAGCAAAUUGCUUCACACUAUUCUGUUCGUGAUCUUUCUGGGAAGGUUGAAUGCAAGAUUGCAUUGCAAAAGGAAUUGGGUCUUCCAAUACGACCAGAAUGCCCUUUGAUUGGAUUUAUUGGGAGACUGGACUACCAGAAAGGUGUAGACAUUAUUCUUUCAGCAAUUCCCGAACUUAUGCAAGAUGAUGUCCAAUUUGUGAUGCUUGGAUCUGGGGAGAUACAAUAUGAAGACUGGAUGAGACACUUGGAAUCAGUCUACAAAGAAAAAUUUCGGGGUUGGGUUGGGUUUAACGUUCCCAUUUCUCACAGGAUAACAGCAGGCUGUGACAUAUUAGCAAUGCCUUCAAGAUUUGAGCCAUGCGGUCUAAACCAGUUGUAUGCAAUGAGAUAUGGCACCAUUCCCGUUGUUCACAGCACCGGGGGUCUUAGAGACACUGUAAAAAAAUUCAAUCCGUAUGCUGGGGAACAGAGUGAUGAAGGUACAGGGUGGACCUUUUCUCCUCUCUCAAGCGAGAAUUUCCUCGCAGCACUAAAAUUAGCCAUCGGGACUUACACAAAGCACAAAUCUUCUUGGGAAGGAUUGAUGAAACGAGGAAUGGAGAGAGAGUCUUCAUGGGAUAAUGCAGCAAUUCAAUACGAACAAGUUUUUGAAUGGGCAUUCACUGAUCCUCCUUAUGCUGGCUGA